AUGGUCAAGGUGCAAGCUCUUACUCUCCUCCUGGGGGCGAUAUCACAUACUUCGGCCCUAAAACUGAUGCCCCCUCGUCCACCUAAGUUGGGUGGUAAAGACCACUACGGUGAGGACCCCAACGCUGUGGCACUGCAAGCCGCUGCUCCAAUUGGUCGCGAGUUGGACCGCAGUGGAUGGCGUGUUACUUGUGACAGCUACGAAACAGGAAAUGAAUGCGAAAAGGCCAUUGACGGCGAUAACAACAGCUUCUGGCAUACCAACUACGAUGUCAAUGGCGGUCCGCAGCCGCCGCACACCAUCACUGUGGACAUGGGCCAGACCUUCAACAUUAACGGUGUGUCUGUGAAGCCGAGACAAGAUGGAAACAACCAUGGGCUCAUUGCUAGACAUGAAUUAUAUGUCAGCACUGACAAAAAUAACUGGGAAAAGGUCGCCUACGGAGCCUGGCACGCCGAUCCUACGGACAAGUUUGCCAACUUUGAGGCGAAGUCUGCCAGAUACUUCAAGCUAGUUGCACUGACUGAAAUCAACGGAAACCCAUGGACCAGCAUUGCAGAGCUCCAGGCCUUCCAGAGUCAAAACGGCCCUGCACAGUACGCUGGUACGGGCCGCUGGGGACCAACGAUCAACUUUCCCACCGUUCCUGUGGCUGGAGUGGUGAACCCUCUGAGCGGUGUUGUCACCAUCUGGUCCGCCUACGCUUACGACAAUUACCUCGGAUCGACCUUUGAUCGUGUCUUUACGUCCUCGUGGAACAUGGCGACCAAUGUAGUCGAGCCCAAACUCGUGGACAACACUGACCACGACAUGUUCUGCCCAGGCAUCUCCAUCACUGGCAACGGACAAAUGAUUGUUACUGGCGGAAACUCUGCCAAGAAAUCGACACUCUUCGACUUCAACUCGGGCAGCUGGAACAUCGGUCCCGAGAUGAACAUUCCCCGCGGCUACCAAUCGUCUGCAACCACCUCGGACGGCAAGGUCUUUACCAUUGGCGGCAGCUGGAGUGGUGGCAAUGGCGGCAAGAAUGGCGAAAUCUACGAUCCCCGGGCCCGUUCAUGGAAGAAUUUGCCCGGCGCCGACGUGACACCGAUGCUUACCAACGACAAGGACGGCGUGUACCGUGCCGACAACCACGCAUGGCUGUUUGGCUGGAAGAGUGGCACCGUCUUUCAGGCCGGCCCCAGCAAGGCCAUGAACUGGUACUACACUUCGGGCAGCGGCUCUUACAAGGGAGCCGGCACAAGACGCUCGUACCGUGGCGACGAUGAAGACUCCAUGACAGGCAAUGCUGUCAUGUUUGAUGCUGUAAAGGGCAAGAUUCUGGCCUUUGGCGGCUCGCCGUCCUACCAGGACACCAAUGCCAACGCGCACGCACAUCUCAUCACACUUAAGAACCCCGGGGACCAAGUCGACGUGACCUUUGCCAGCAACGGCCUUUGGUAUCCACGAGCCUUUCAUACGUCUGUCGUCCUGCCCAAUGGCCAAGUCUUCAUCACGGGUGGCCAGACGUACGCUGUACCCUUUAAUGACGACAACUCCGACUUGACGCCCGAGAUGUACAACCCGGACCAGGACAACUUUAUCAAGAUGGCCCCCAACUCUAUUAUCCGUGUAUACCACAGCAUCGCUCUGCUGCUUCCCGACGGCACGGUGUUUAGCGCUGGCGGCGGCCUCUGCGGCGACUGCAAUACAAACCAUUUCGACGGACAGGUAUUCACGCCGCCGUACCUGCUUAACAGCAAUGGAUCACCCGCUACCCGACCUGUCAUUCAGCGCGCUAGCACGGACAAGCGCACCGUGACGUUUACCACAGACAGCGCGGUGUCCAGCGCAAGCUUGGUGCGCUUUGGAACGGCGACACAUACGGUCAACACGGAUCAGAGAAGAGUGCCGCUGACUAUUACGUCGACGGGAAAGAACUCGUAUCGUGCGGAUUUACCGACGGAUAGCGGCGUGUUGCUGCCGGGCUAUUAUAUGUUGUUUGUGAUGAACGAUAAGGGCGUGCCUAGUGUGUCCAAGACGUUGGAUUUGACCAACUGAGCGCUAAAAUAGCGGAGGAUGUAAUAUGAUACCUAGGGAUUGCUUUUAGGAUGUGUAUAUGUUUUUGAUACCUUGGAGUUUGGACAUACUGGGUGGGUAUAAGGGUAAAUAAUGACAAUG